UCAAUUUUAGAGGUCGUUGUCAACGCCGCGAGAAGCCUCCAUUGCUUCGUCUUGUUGCUGUGCUAAACUGCUGUACACAACGAUGACUUCGCGUUUUAACGAGACUGAAAUAACAAGGGGCUUAAAACAUUAACUGUAAAACUCUCGGGACUCGUGGGUCCUCUUCAGACACAACGGUUUCGGUCUUGAUUGUUUCCUCCGCUUCCUCCUUCCCCCUCUUUCUCGCGCUGGAAAUCCCUUCCUUCUCUUGGGCUCACCCGAGUUUUUUCAUGCGGCCGUAUAGAAAGAGGUGGUGGAGCAAGAGAGAGGGAAGCAGCGACAACUUUAUCACCGGAGAGAGAGUUUAAAUUGAUUUCGAGCUUCAUUUUGUGGUUUGACUUGAUUAUCUGUUGCUUAGUAACGAUGGCUUCGAAAUUUGAUUUGGUGCGUACCAUUGAAUCGAAGCUGGGCAUUUCUAUCGGUGAUUCGGUUUCGGAUUUGUUGCUGGUGAUCGUGACAACCUCGGUGGCUAUCGUACUUGGGCUUUUGGUAUUUGUAUGGAAGAAAUCGGGGGAUCGGAGUAAGGUGGCGAAGCCGGUGGUGGUGCCAAAGUCUUUGUCGGUGAAGGAUGAAGAAGAUGAAGUUGACGUGGGCUUGGGGAAGGUUAAAGUUACUAUCUUCUUUGGUACUCAGACUGGUACUGCCGAGGGAUUUGCUAAGGCUUUGGCAGAGGAGAUCAAGGCAAGAUAUGAGAAAGCCGCUGUAAAAGUUGUUGACCUGGAUGACUAUGCAGAAGAUGAUGAUCAAUAUGAGGAAAAACUGACGAAAGAGACCCUUGCAUUUUUCAUGUUGGCCACUUAUGGAGAUGGAGAGCCAACUGACAAUGCUGCUAGAUUCUACAAAUGGUUUACUGAGGGAAAAGAUGAGGGAAGCCUCUGGCUUCAACAACUCACCUAUGGUGUUUUCGGACUAGGUAACCGGCAAUAUGAACAUUUUAAUAAGAUAGGUAAAGUCAUUGAUGAAAAACUUAGUGAACAAGGUGCAAAGCGUCUUGUUCCAGUUGGGCUUGGUGAUGAUGAUCAAUCCAUCGAGGAUGACUUUGCUGCUUGGAAGGAAUCUCUAUGGCCUGAGUUGGACAAAUUGCUUCGAGAUGAGGAUGAUAUGAAUACGGUCUCUACUCCUUAUACAGCUGCAAUUCCUGAAUAUCGAUUGGUGAUUCAUGAUCCCAAUAUCACAUCAUGCCAUCGCAACAACUUAAACCUAGCAAAUGGGAAUGGUGUGUUUGAUCUUCACCAUCCUUGCAGGGUUAGGGUAGCUGUUCAAGGAGAGCUACAUAAACCUGAGUCUGACCGCUCUUGCAUCCAUCUAGAGUUUGAUAUAUCCAGGACCGGCAUGACAUAUGAAACUGGUGAUCAUGUGGGUGUCUAUGCUGAGAACUGUGAUGAAACGGUUGAAGAAGCUGGAAAAUUGUUGGGUCAGAAUUUAGAUUUGUUGUUUUCUCUUCAAACGGAUAAUGAAGACGGUACCUCACUUGGAGGUUCUCUGCCACCUCCUUUUCCUGGUCCUUGCAUGCUGCGUACUGCCCUAGCAUGCUAUGCUGAUCUCUUGAACCCCCCUCGAAAGGCUGCUUUGGCUGCUUUGGCUGGUCACGCUUCUGAAGCUAGUGAGGCAGAAAGGUUAAAGUUCCUAUCAUCUCCUGAGGGAAAGGAUGAGUAUUCUAAAUGGGUGAUUGGAAGUCAGAGAAGUCUCCUUGAGGUGAUGGCUGAAUUUCCAUCAGCAAAACCACCCCUUGGCGUGUUCUUUGCUGCAAUAGCUCCUCAUUUACAGCCUCGUUAUUAUUCAAUUUCAUCCUCACCUAGGUUUGCUCCACAAAGAGUACAUGUUACUUGUGCAUUGGUGUAUGGUCCAACUCCCACUGGCAGAAUUCACAAAGGAGUGUGCUCUACCUGGAUGAAGAAUGCUGUCUCCUUAGAGAAAAGCCAUGUCUGUAGCUGGGCUCCAAUUUUUAUUAGGCCAUCAAAUUUCAAGUUACCUGCUGAUCAUUCAACUCCUGUUAUUAUGGUUGGACCUGGUACUGGUUUGGCUCCUUUCAGAGGAUUUUUACAGGAAAGACUGGCCCUCAAAGAGGAUGGCGUUCAACUUGGCCCUGCAUUACUCUUCUUUGGAUGUAGGAAUCGCCGUAUGGAUUUUAUUUAUGAAGAUGAGCUCAUGAAUUUUGUGGAACAAGGAGCUCUAUCAGAGUUGAUUGUUGCAUUCUCCAGGGAGGGGCCAGAAAAGGAAUACGUUCAACACAAAAUGAUGGAUAAGUCAGAAUAUUUGUGGAGGCUGAUGUCUCAGGGCGGCUAUCUUUAUGUCUGUGGUGAUGCUAAGGGCAUGGCUAGAGAUGUUCAUCGGACUCUUCAUACCAUUGUUCAGCAGCAGGAAAAUGUGGAUUCAUCAAAAGCUGAGGCUAUAGUGAAAAAACUCCAGAUGGAUGGACGAUACCUCAGAGAUGUCUGGUGAUUUUUCUGCUUGCUCACAAGGUAAGUUUUGUUGUCAUACCGUUGCUUUUCCCUAUGUUAAGCCCAAGAUCGGCUGAACUGCAUUCUGAGCAAUCUCUGCAUUUGUCGAGUAUGAGGAUGCUAAUGAUGGAGCCUGAAAUAGAUUUCCCGCCAAAAUGAAUCGAUUUUCUGGAUAUUUGUCCGUUCGUUUUCUUUUUUGACUUGAAUAAUCUCUUGUAACGAUAGUUUAGGUUUUUCUUCUCAACCUAGAUUUUUUUCAAGGGAUUGUAGGGAGGGAAAAACUCAUCCAGCUUUGCAGUGGGCUAUUUCAAAGGUCUUGUACUAUUAAACAUAGCUAUUGGCGAUAAUUAUAAAUUGGCUGCUGAUACUGGUCUUGUACUAGACUCCGCCCAUUUUUUCCAGUGUGCUUCGUACCUUGGGAUAUAAGCUUUGUGCUUGCUCGGCGAUCUUGCUCUCAAA